AUCAAUGACAAUAUGAUGAGGCGUAAAUCUUGGCAAAAGAAUCUCAAGAUAGCAGUGGCUGCACUACUGAUAAUAUAUGCAGUGGAACAUAUAUUGACAAUGAAUGUAUAUCUGAGAAAACCAAUGCUGUUUUCACCCUUGUUCCGUGUCUACAACCAAAGCGGUUCAGAGCCACAUUGUCCAAGUGUAAGACUAUCUACCCGAGUCCUUCCUCAGAUAGCCCUGGCUAGCUACCCUGGCUCAGGCAACACGUGGGUCCGGCACCUCCUGCAACAAAUGACAGGGAUUGCUACAGGGUCGAUUUACAAUGACGAGCAAUUGCGACACAACGGUUUUCCUGGCGAGAGUCUGUCCAAUGGUUCCGUGGUAGCAGUGAAGACCCACAAUCAUUAUGCAGGCAAAGAUUAUGCCAGAGCAAUACUUCUAAUAAGAAACCCGUAUGAAUCAAUGCUGUCCCUGUUCAAACUUGCCAACUCAAACCACACAGGAGAACCCAGUGUCGACAGAUAUGGGAAACAGUGGGGCACAUUUACUGAAGAACGGAUUCGGGGCUAUAUUCCAUUAUUUGCCUCCUGGAUAAAGCUUCAGGAUGUUUUGCCCAUCUUCUAUGACGCACUGAAACAGAACCUCACACGGGAAUUAGUCAGGAUUAAGGCGUUCCUGGGACAGUCGGGUAUUAAAGGAGACGUUCGAUGUGCUUUGAGAGACAGUGAAGGACACUUCCAUAGAAAAGAGACUGGAAUCACACUAGAGUUCUUCUAUUCCAAAAAACAAAGAAUGGCUGUAAAUAGUGUAAUUGACCAAAUGCAAAAGAUGUUUAAAGACCGGUUUGAAAACAUCCGAGAGGAUAUGGACACGUGGAAGUUGUAGUCAUACUGCACCAAAUACAUUUUAAUAUGAGUCGUUACUUGGCAUGAGGGUUGUCUGACUCGCGUCAUUUUAGAGGGAAAAAAACAGAUUUAUUGAUUAUCUUAAACAUAGAGUAUGUGCCAAACAGCAGGUUAACUUUGCUUCAGGCUGAACGGAGAACGGAGGUUUUACCUCAAACUUGAGCAUGCCGUUGUCAGUUUUCAAAUCAAUGUUAUAUCCGUCCUUCCUGCUUGCAAAAGGUCCAGCACGUGCAAAAGGAAGGCAUCUGGGGCAAAUGGUUGAUGGUGUGUGUCAUCAACAUUUAAACUCUAUUCAUGUCUGAUUUAUUUUGGUAUGUAAGGAGAUUGGAGUGGGGGUUUCCUUAAUGUUAAAAGUCUCUGAUAAACUUGCCACUUUCAUACUACAUCUUCGUUGAAUGAAUGAGAAAACAACAUGUUGCCAAAAUACUUUGUUCCAGCAAAUACAGGACAAGAUAAUUUUGCCUCACGUUUUACCAAAGAAAUAAUUGUUUCAAACAUAUGAUAUGGUUUACAAAGCAAUGACCGAAAUAAUAUUCCAUGGUCAACCAAAACCCCGCGCCCCCGUCAACUAAACCACGUCCCCGUCAACUAAACAGGUUUAAAGAAAUAAUUACGAUUUUAUUUUUUAUUGAUUGGAUUCCUUACCUGAUCCUGACCGCUUCCGUGGUGUAGUUGAUGGAGCGGAGGGUUGGUGGUUCAAUCCUGUGUCCGAGUCAUAAAAUAUUUUUGUGAUACUGCUGCUGCUUCGCUGGUAGGCACACGUUUUAAAAAAUGUUACAGGUUCAGGAUGAUGUUUCAGUUUGUAAAAAACAGUGUCUUGAGUGAAGUCUUUGAAGUUGGGAGAACAUGAAUGCAUGACACUUUUUUAAUGGAUGGCAACUGAUUGAAUUCUUUGUAUGACAUUUCAGAGCUACUUCUUGUUCCUUCAUCAUUGUUUUGAGUGUAGAAAAAGAGACGCGGCAAACCCGUUUCAUAUUCACAAGAAAUCUCUGCCAAACACAGGGUUGAUUGCAAGGGUCAAAUUUGGAAAUGUCCUCAAUACUAUGGGGAACGGGGUAAACAAUUACAAGCUUACUCAUAAGGAAAGGGACUAUAAAUUAUGUUAGCACUUUAUCAAGUAUCGGUAACAUUUUCAAAAUAUACUCUUCAAAAAUAGAAAAGUAAAACGGAUAGUUUUUGCCAUAAAGGCAAAAUUAGCGGACCAAGAGGUGCACAAUGAAGAGGUUUAAUGUGUUGUAGUACCAGUGACAAAUAUCCCGGAUUAAAAUGAUCACAACAAGGGCAUGCAAACCAUUAGAUUGGGAAACACGUACCCUGUGCAUUAACGAAAGAGCCAUGGAGCUACUGCAGGUUAUGCACGUGCAGCAUCACCAUGAACGGUAUUAAAGUGCAGGGUUUUUAAUUGCCUGGCAUCUUCGUCAAUCGAACAGUGACAGUAAAACAACACGCCAAGAUUAACAGAAGUGCAAAGAAACAACGUCAUAGGUCGCUUGCAGGCAGGGGAAUCCCGAUCAGCUGUAGCCAGGAUUUUCAAAGUAGCGCCCAGCGCCAUCACAAGGCUAUCGGAUCCAUUUCAACAGCAUGGGUCACCAUGAUCGGUCAAGGUCGGGAGGACCAAGAGUAACCACCCCCGCCCAAGAUCACUACAUCCGACUGUGCCAUCUACGUGAAAGGACGACAACAGCCACCUCAACCGCAUCCCAAAUACUUGGACUGCGCAGAAUCUCCUACCAGACCGUACAAAACCGUUUAAGAGCAGCAGGUCUACAAGCAGACGUCCUGCUCGACGCGUCAUAUUGAGUCGACAACAUCGUCAACAACGACUGGGUAUGGCCUCAACUGCGAUCGAGAGAUGUCUGGUUCAGUGACAAAUCACUGAUCAAGAUUUCACCUCCGUCGAGGGAAAGGAAGAGCACAGGUCUACAGACGUCGGGGAGAACGUUACGCCGGAAACUACGUACAUGAAGUGGACAAGUUUGGUUGGGUAGCGUUAUGAUGUGGGCGGCUAUCUCU